GGCAGCAAGCUGUGAGCCCUGGACACAGCGACUAUAACCAGUGGGUUUGAGCCUCUGGUUGCAAAGUCCAUGUGCUGAUGGAAAUGGAGUACCGUCUUGAUAUUGGCCUGAUUAAAGUCUCCAGCAACAACGAAAAUAGCCUCUUCUAUCAAUGAUGUCCAUCAGUGAUGCAAGUCACUAAUGGAACUGUAGAGCACACUCUUAAUGUUGGCUCUAGGAGGGAUAUAACAGUGGUGAUAAUAAUUAUGGUAAAUUCCCUGCAUAUAUAGAAUGAUCUGCAGUUUAUGGUGGGAAAAAAAACUACAUGUCGAGAGAGCAAUGAAAUGAGACCACCUUGCUAUGAUUGCAGCUGUCAUUAGUGUAGAUGCAAAUACCACCACUCCAAAAGAAUUAAUAUCCUCACAAGGUUGACGACGUCGCCAUCACAAAAAGGAAGAGUUUAUGUUCCUGUUGAAUUAUGGCACAGAGGUUAUUCAUUUCAUGACAGCAUUUCGGAUUUAGAACCAAAAAUCCAAGUACCUUGGGUCAUAUCGGAUCUGUGUCACGAAAAGUUCAGAUACAGGUUGAAUGAAGAAAAAAAUCAGAUUUGGGUCAUUUCAGACCGCAGUGAACGUAGCGUUCAAUACUGAGGGCUGGUUGCGAACGUUUCGGCUUGAAGAACACCGGCUCUUUGAAGUGAACGACGGGAGGCUGCUUGUAGGACGUUCACCAUUACAACGUCCUAUAACGUUCUUCAAAUACAGCGGCGCUCUCUGAUAAAAGCCGAAAUUCCCAUAGUCUUCAGUGGAAGGAGAAUCGUUAAUACCGCGAGGAGCGUCUUCACACCGCAUUACCAUUCAAAAUAAAUUGGAUUGGGGUAGAAGUAGCUUUUUCCGGACAGUUUGUAUCUCCUUCCACAGCCUGUUAUGGAGGUUUUACUAGACACCCAUGGACAGAGAAAGCUCCUCAUUCUGUACCUAUUGAUUGGAAAUGUUGCAGUUGCAGCUGACUGUCCCAAACCUGAAAUUGGAGAGAACAUGAAUCUCACUUUUAAAUCUCUUGAAACAAAUGAUUUCCUGGAAGGUUCUCAGGUAACACUUGUGUGCGUAAUUGGAUAUGAAAAAAAAAGUGGUUCUGGUCUCAUGAACUGCACUGAUGGGAAGUGGACUGAGCCAGAUCUUGUCUGCAAGAAGAUAGACUGUGGUAUCCCUAAAGCAGAUGAACACAUGUACAUUGUUACCAGCAACAAUACUGAGUUUCAUUCAGUGGCCAAAAUAGUCUGUGAAGAAGGUUACCAAAUCAUUGGAUCAUCCUUCAAAAUUUGCCUAGCAGGGGGGUGGUAUGGAGAGUCAUUUUGUGUCAUUGUUACUUGUUCCAAACCGACUGAAGUGAAAAAUGGAUACACCAUGGUGGGGAAUGUAAACAUUAGGUGUACCAAAAGUGGUGAAUAUGAUUCCGAACCACCCCGAUGCAACGCUGUUACUUGUUCCAAGCCAACCAAAGUGGAAAAUGGAAAACAUUCUUGGAAUAAUGACAAGGAACCAGAAUAUCAACAAAAGAUAUAUUUCUUGUGCAACACAGGAUAUACCAUGUUUGGGAAUGAAAGUAUUCAGUGUACCAAAACUGGCAAAUAUGACUCAGAGCCACCACGAUGCCUCAGUGCAGCAUAUGCACCUAUUAUAGGCAGUGUGUUGACAGUUACGAUAGUUUUCCUCGUGGGUGGAUUCUUUCUACAAAGAUUUCUUGUGAAAAGAGGACGGACGCCUAGAGAAGCACUUCAAGAUGAUGAGUUCCUCACUAAGCCAUGGACAAAACAAGCAGACUCCCAUUUAUAAUUUCAUGUGAGCCCUUGUCAUAGAAGAAAAUCAAACCUGAUGAAUAAUAUGUUGUGUGUCAAAGCUUA